AUGAAGGAUCAAGUUAACGCCGUUAUCAACUCUACUCGUGCUGCCCGAGCCGUUUUGCGUCCCGUCUUAAACUCAGUUCUCCCCUUAAAAGUGAAACUCGGUGUGUAUAAAACAUACAUACGGCCCCGACUGACAUACGCCGCUCCAGCGUGGUACGCGCUCACUAACCAGACGCGCAAAAAUCAGCUGGAGGCCCAACAAUCGAUUUCACUCCGAGUCAUCACGAAAGCCCCCCGUUACGUGAGGAACUCUACGAUCCAAAAAGGAUUGCAGAUGGAAAGCCUAGAUGCCCAUAUUAGGCAUCUAACGAGGAGGCUACUUAAGCGUGUAGACGAGUCGACCCUGCCACACAUACAGGAGUUGGCCCCGUACCACGCCCGUCCUCCCGACUCUAAGCAGUUCCCUAGAGACCUCAUAACAGACCCCCAGUGA